AUGCGUUCGGCAUUCCGAAAUGUGACGACGAGUAUAAGGAAACUGAUCGAGCCGAACACUCAAGCUCCUGGGCAAACAGUUUAUCUGACCCACGUGAAAUGGAUCACCGGCAAAUGUAGUCUUCCCAAUGUCUUUCUUCCGAUUAGUUUCUUUUUUCAGCACAACUCGAGCACUAUUUCAAGCGGUAUGGGCAGAUACAAAGCGUCAAUAUGUUUUAUGUGAGAAAAACUUUUAAAAUGAAGGAUAUUCAUAAACUUUUCUCCAGGAUUCGCGUACCGGUCUCCAUCGUGGAUUCGCCUCUAUUACGUUUGAAGAAAAAGAAAGCGCAAGUAAGGCUAUCGAACAGCGGCCUCACGUCAUCGACGGAGAUCGAGUUAGUUUCUUUUUUUUGAAAAAUAGAAUAUCUCGAACUCUCACCGGUGUCGAAAUGACGAAAAUCCUUUUGUUUCAAAAUUUUUAUAAAGCUUUUUGAUGCCUAAUUUGUCAAUUCGGAGUGACUUUCCCAUUUUUUUACGUCACUAAUCAAAAAUGUUUAUAAUCAUUUUUUUAAACCGAUCGACGCUCUGAGCUUUGAUGGAUUGAUUAUGGCAAAGUUGGUUAAGUUUUCGAAAACCUUUGUAGAAUUUUUUUGAUGUGAAAGACAAAAAAAUUUUUAUCUUACCAUAAAAACGUAGGGAUAGUUUAUUACUCUUUAUGUUUUCUAGAAAGACCCCAAAAAGGCCUAAACUAACGCAAAAAUGAUCCUUUAAAAACUUUAGCAAAGACUUGUGAAAAUACAAAACAAAAAUGAUCAUUUUAAUUUGAUUAACAACAAAUCUCAUAACCUUCAAUAAUCUCAUUUUUAGGUCGAUGUUGAGCCGUAUGUACCUUUGAUAUCGAAGAACAAGAAAAAAGAUGUUAUGUUGUAG